AAAAAAAACAACACAAAGAAUGUCAAAUCGCAACAGCCCUGCUUUAGGAAUGAAUAGUCCAUCACUUGGUCAGCAACAAACAGAUUCGAAUCCAAUCAAAGAUUUGAUAUAUUGUCCAAUUACGAGAAGAAUAAUGUGUGAUCCAGUUGUCACUGCUCUUGGUGAUACUUUUGAAAGAGAGGCUAUUGAAGAAUGGUUAGUUAGACGUCAGACUAAUCCAACAACUGGUGAACAAUUGCCGAAUUCAAACCUUUCGUUUAAUAAGACUGUCAAACAGAUGAUUGAUGUUUUUUUGGAGACUAAUCCUUCGUAUGCUUUGAAUUUGGAUGAAAGAUAUGUUACCAAAAAGAUGACAGAGAGGCUGAGAGAUUAUUUUGAUGAGAAUGAUUGUAGUGGACUUUCGUAUUACCUUUCGAAUAAUCAGUACUUGCAAAUUUAUACAGAAUAUUCAUGUUUUCCAAUAAUGAUCAAAGGCUUGUCAAGUUAUCUUGAUGAUGGUAAUAUUGUUCACUUGCUUUGUGAAACUCCAAAUGCAGAAUCUAAAAUCCUCAAAUCAUUAAUCGAAUCUUUACAAAAAUUAGAAACUCUCAAAUCAGAAGAAAUGCCAUCAGUCAAAGAUCUUGUCAAGAAAUCCCUUUUUGGAACCAAUUCAAGAGGUUUACAACCAAUUCACACAGCCUGUUUCUUCAAUGAAAGUGAAGAAUUAUUUAGAGAACUUAUUCGAUUACAAGACGAAUACGAAACUCAAUACGAAUCUAGUGUCAUUUCUCUCCAACAUGAAAAUCUCGAUCCAAGAUGUAAGAAGAACAUGUACUUGUUAAUGUUCAAAUUAAUCAUUACAAGUACACCUCAUAAUUCCCUUUCGUCCAAAUCAUUCGAAACUGUCCAAAAGGAGCAAGAAUUAAACGACAAGUGCAUGGAUUUCAUCUUUGACAAGAUGGGUCUCACUGGUGAUCAACUUGCCAGAAUCACCCACCAAGGAGUUUCUCUCAUUAACUAUGCCUGUAAAUAUAACAGAUUACAUCUCGUCAAGAAAAUGCUGGAAAAGUCAAAUAUUGAUGUUAAUCUUCAUGUGGAUAAUUAUUAUCAUACUCCAUUGACAAGUGCAGUUCUCGGUGGUGCAUUCAAUGUUGUCAAAUAUCUAAUUGAUGAAGUCAAAGUUGAUGUUGAAGCAAGAGAAUCAGAAACUCAAUCACGUAGAGAUUUUCCAAGUGCUUUACAUUUGGCUAUAUUGAGAGGUCACUUUGAUAUUGCUCACUUCUUGAUUUCUCGAGGAGCUAACAUGAAUGCCACUUGUAAAAUGUCAUCUUCCAAUGGUAGCUCAAUUGAGGCAUCUGAUCCAAUGGUUAAUAAGGCUUUAUUUGGAAAUAGACAUGGAUUAGAUUCAAGUUUUGGUGUUUCAAGUCCAUCAACAUCGUGUGCAGCAAAGGAAGAUCGGGAAGAAGUUCACAAUUUACUGACCUUGUGCAUGUUAUUGUGUACUGACAAGCAAGAAACUAGCCGAAAGACAUUAGACUUUUUGGGAUCACUCAUUUCCAACUAUGAUUUCAAACCAACCUUCCCAUCCACCAACACAACCAUCACCAUGAACGAACCAAUUUGGUUUGCCAUCAGAACUAUUGGAAACAAACAAGGUUGUGAUCAAAUAUUCGAAUGGAUUUUGAAUCAUUUCUAUUCUGAUAGACAAAAACUUGCCAAUUUGAGAGAUAAGAACAAGAAUAACAUGUUGCAUUGGAUUUCUGGUUAUGGAAGAGUUGAAAUGUUGGAAAUAGCCAUUUCGUACAUGUCAGAAGAUUCGUCUAUGGAUGUUCAUGUCAUGAUGAAUCAAAAGAAUUUGAGUAGUGAUACGCCACUUCAUGUAGCUUCACAACUUGGAAGAAAGGAUAUUUGUACGAAACUAAUUGAUUUGGGAGCUGACAUUCGUGUAAGAAAUAUGAAACUUCAAGAUCCAUUAUCUGCAACUUUUGUUGGAUCUGCAAAUUCGACACUGACAGCACAGUUUAGAAUUGCAUUCCUUAAAGAUUUGAGAAAGGCAGUUGAAAAUAGAGAAAGUGGAAAAACUAUUCUAAACAUGCAAGCUAAAAUUCGAAUGUUAGAAAGAAAACUAAGUGAAACUAAACUUGUCGAAUCUCCAUUAUUGGGUUCUUUCAAAUCUGCCAACGUAGAUCCUUAAAUAAAACAAAUCAUUUAAAAAAUUCAAUCUAUCUUCCCUAAAGUUUACAAAAAUUCAAUAAAUGAACUUUUUUGU